CCCUCCUCUCUUUCCGUUGAAAAGAGAGGGCUCGGGCGGUCAGUAACGAAGCAGAGAGCUUCCGAGCAUGUAUCUCUUCUCUGGCAAGUUGGAACCCUAGUUUCGCUGGCCGCUGAUCGUGUUAUUCUCCCGUUCGCUCAGGUCUUUGAUGGUCUGACUCAGAUCGGCUACUCUUUCCAGGAUGCACAUAAAGAAGGUUAUCAUCGAAGGUUUUAAGAGCUACAAGGAGGAGGUCUCGACAGAUCCCUUCAGCCCUAAAGUAAAUUGCGUUGUGGGUGCCAAUGGAUCUGGAAAGACAAACUUCUUUCAUGCUAUACGAUUUGUCCUUAGUGAUCUCUUUCAAAACCUGCGCAGUGAAGACAGGCAUGCUCUUCUCCAUGAGGGGGCUGGCCACCAAGUGGUGUCUGCUUUUGUUGAGAUAGUUUUUGACAAUUCUGACAACCGCAUCCCAGUUGAUAGAGAUGAGGUGCGUCUACGGAGGACAAUAAGUCUUAAAAAGGAUGAAUAUUUCCUGGAUGGGAAGCAUGUUACAAAGACAGAAGUAAUGAAUUUGCUGGAGAGUGCUGGUUUCUCUCGCUCAAAUCCUUAUUAUGUGGUUCAACAAGGGAAGAUAGCUUCUCUUACCUUAAUGAAGGACUCCGAACGCCUUGAUUUAUUGAAGGAGAUUGGUGGGACCCGUGUGUAUGAGGAGAGACGGCGUGAGAGCUUGAAGAUUAUGCAAGAAACUGGUAACAAGAGGAAACAAAUUGAUCAAGUUGUUCAAUAUUUGGAGGAGAGAUUAAGAGAACUUGAUGAAGAAAAAGAAGAGCUCAGAAAAUAUCAACAGCUUGACAAGCAACGAAGGUCGCUAGAGUAUACCAUAUAUGACAAGGAACUUAAUGGUGUCAGACAGAAAUUAGACGAGAUUGAAGAAUCACGAAAGAAAGUUUCUGAGAAGUCAACUAGGAUGCACAACAGUGUGCUAGAAGCGCAUGAGAAUCUUAAGUUAUUAGAAAAGGAGUCCAAGGUUUUAACGAAGGAAUUACAAAGUUUGAACAAGGAGAAAGAAGAUACAGAGAAAAAACGAACUGAAGCAUUAAAAAUGCACACACAGAUUGAACUUGAUUUAAGGGAUCUAGAAGAGAGAAUUGCUGGAGAAAUGCGAUCAAAGGAAGAAGCUGCAAAGCAGUUGGAGAGCCUGAGGAAAGAGAUUCAGGAAUCUAGAGACGAACUGAAUACAAUCAGGCCCUUACACCAGUCAAAAGUGGCUGAAGAGGAGGAGAUCACCAAAGGCAUAAUGGAGCGUGAAAAGCAAUUGAGUAUUUUGUAUCAGAAGCAAGGACGAGCUACCCAAUUUGCUAGUAAAGCUGCUCGUGAUAAGUGGCUUCAGAGGGAGAUUGAUGAUCUUGAGCGUGUGCUUUCAUCAAAUGUGUUACAGGAAAAAAAGCUUCAGGAGGAAAUUCAUCAGCUUAAAGAUGAGGAAAGAAGGUUGGAUAUGUAUAUACGGGAACGAAAAACUGAGUAUGAAAAACAAGAACUGCUCAUAGCCAAGGGCCAAAAGGAUUCCGAUCAUUUGAGGAGACAGAGAGAUGAACUACAAGAUACAAGGAAAUCUUUGUGGAAUGAAGAAGCGAAUCUCUCGGCUGAGAUUGAUAAGCUUAAAUCAGAACUUAUAAAAGCACAAAAGAGCCUGGAUCAUGCUACACCUGGUGAUAUUAGAAGAGGAUUGAAUUCUGUGAAUAGGAUCAUCAAGGAUCAUAACAUUAGAGGUGUAUUUGGUCCAAUACUAGAGUUAAUUGAAUGUGAUCCCAAAUUCUUCACUGCUGUUGAAGUUACUGCUGGAAAUAGCUUAUUCCAUGUGGUCGUUGAAACAGAUGACAUUUCAACUAAGAUUAUUAGAUACCUUACUGCAGAGAAAGGUGGACGUGUAACUUUUAUACCACUAAACAGGGUGAAAGUCCCACAUAUUACUUACCCACAAAGUUCUGAUGUAGUACCACUGUUGAAAAAAUUGAAAUUUCGAUCUGACUAUGCUCCUGCAUUUUCACAGGUGUUUGGUAGAACUGUUAUAUGUCGCGAUUUGGAUGUAGCCACAAGUGUUGCAAGAAACAAUAGUCUUGAUUGCAUCACAUUAGAGGGUGACCAAGUAAGCAAGAAAGGUGGUAUGACUGGAGGAUUCUAUGACUUCAGACGUUCAAAGCUAAAAUUUGUCAACAUGGUUCGGCAAAACAAGAUGUCUAUCCACAAUAAAACUUCGGAAUUGGAUGAGAUUGGGAAAAAACUUAAAGAGAUAGACCAGGAAAUCACCAAGUUAGUUAGUGAGCAACAGAAAAUGGAUGCUCACCAUGGUCAUGUCAAGUCAGAAUUGGAGCAGCUUAAAAAUGACAUUGCUAAUGCGACUAAACAGAAGCAGUCAAUCUGUAAAGCUCUUGAAAAAAAGGAAAAAUUGCUUACAAAUGCCCAUAACCAAAUUGAUCAGAUACAAGCUGGUAUUGCAAUGAAACAAGCCGAAAUGGGCACCGAGCUUAUCGAUCAACUAACACCCGAAGAAAAGGAUCUUCUUUCAAGAUUAAAUCCUGAAAUUACAGAAUUGAAAGAGAAACUUCUGGCUUGUAAAAAUAAUCGAAUUGAGAUUGAGACAAGGAAAGAGGAAUUGGAGACAAAUUUGUCAACAAACCUCGUAAGGCGACAGCAGGAGUUAGAAGGCGUCAUAUUGUCUGCAGAUUCUGAGACCUUGCCCAUGGAAGUUGAAUUAAAAAGGCAGGAACUGAAGAGUUCAAGAGGGUCUAUUGAUAAACUGAAAAAGCAGCUAGAAGGUGUUUUGAAGAAUAUCGAUGGUCUCACACAAAAAAUGCAAGAUAUAAAAACUUCAAAAGAAAGUCUAAAGAUGCAUGAAGAUCAAUAUGAGCGCACACUUCAAGAUGAAGCUAAAGAGUUGGAACAAUUGUUGAGCAGAAGGAAUAUCCUUCUCACGAAACAGGAUGAUUGCAUGAAAAAAAUCAGGGAUUUGGGCUCAUUGCCAUCUGAUGCCUUUGAUACGUAUAAAAGGAAAAAUAUUAAAGAAUUGCAGAAAUUACUUCAUGCAUGCAAUGAGCAAUUAAAGCAGUUUAGCCAUGUCAAUAAGAAGGCCCUUGACCAAUAUAUUAACUUCACAGAGCAGCGUGAACAACUACAGAUAAGACGAGCUGAACUUGAUGCUGGUGAUCAGAAAAUCAGAGAGCUUAUUGCAGUGUUGGAUCAACGGAAGGAUGAAUCGAUAGAAAGGACAUUCAAAGGUGUGGCAAGACAUUUUCGAGAAGUAUUUGGUGAGCUUGUGCAAGGUGGCCAUGGCUACUUGGUUAUGAUGAAGAAAAAGGAUGGUGAUCUCGGUGAUGAUGAUCAUGGCGAGGAUGGACCUCGUGAACCAGAUCCUGAAGGAAGGGUUGAAAAGUAUAUUGGUGUCAAAGUGAAGGUUUCCUUCACUGGUCAAGGAGAAACCCAAUCCAUGAAGCAACUUUCUGGUGGUCAGAAAACUGUAGUAGCGCUGACUCUGAUCUUUGCUAUCCAGCGGUGUGAUCCUGCUCCAUUUUAUUUGUUUGACGAGAUUGAUGCAGCAUUAGACCCCCAGUACAGAACUGCUGUUGGAAAUAUGAUCCGCCGUCUUGCUGACAUGGCAAAUACUCAGUUCAUAACUACCACGUUCAGGCCAGAGCUUGUGAAAGUUGCCGACAAGAUCUAUGGCGUGACGCAUAAGAACAGAGUGAGCCAUGUGAAUGUGGUCUCCAAGGAGCAGGCUCUUGAUUUCAUCGAGCAUGACCAGUCGCACAAUGCUGACUGAUCUUAGCAUCAAGAUGGAAGCCACAAGGUUGAAUAACUAAUUAACCACUAGUGAAACCGACUCAUGCUUCUGGCAGGUGUAAGCAUAGGAUUAGUGUGAAAUGUUAAUUUUCUUUGCUACCAAAAUCAAGUGCUACAAUUGCCCUUAUGUACCCCUGUAAUUAAAGAUGGUGGUGCUGUGCAACUUGAUAUUAUUGUUGGUCCAUGUAACUCUGGAAAUGUCCGGCUGUACGUCUUCUGUUGUGUUUGCAGGAAGCAACUUAGCUGCUAGUCUGUGUACGCUGGAUGUCAAAGGACCCUGAAUAGGCUGGUGUAGAAAAAUGUGUAUAAUGUUUACUUCUGUAAUCUUUAUGUUUGGUCCACACACUAAUGGAUGGUUGUUGUUGAUGCA